AGUGGCUAGUUGGGGCAGCUAACAUAUACUAAGAAAGAGGGAGAUUGAGUAUUUACCUUUAAGUCUUUAUUGUUCAGACACUGGGAUAAAAUGGUGCCCAUCAUUUUUCUGAGCACCUUUUGGCUUCAUUUUGUUGUUUCUGCGGCCUCAGAACCAAAGUACAUCCUAUGGGUCUCCUCCGUGAUGCAGAGUCAUUCUGCAGAAAAGGCUUGUCUCCACCUUUCAAACCUUAAUGAAUCCAUAUCCUUGAGUGUCGUCUUAGAAUAUGAUGGGUACAAUACCACAAUUUUUGACCAGUCUGUGGAAGAAGAUAACUUCUAUGCUUGUGCAGAUUUCCAGGUUUCUCAGAAGUCCUCUGAGCAGUUGGCUUUUGUCACAUUGUUGGCUAAGGGAGAGACACUUAGAAUCUUCGAGAGGAGAUCUGUAGCACUCACUUCGGAGGAGACGGUAACUUUUAUGCAGACAGAUAAACCCAUCUACAAACCUGGAGAGAAUAUUCAAAUUCGCAUUGUGACACUGGAUACCAAGUUCAGACCUGUUGAGGAUUUGUAUCCAUUGAUCACACUUCAGGAUCCUCAAAACAAUGGAAUUUUUCAAUGGCAAAAUGUGACCUCUUUUCAAAAUAUAACCCAACUCUCAUUCCAGCUGAUUUCAGAACCAAUGUUUGGAAUUUACUCUAUUUUUGUGAGAAUAAAAUCAGGAAAGACAUUGACACACCAAUUUACUGUUGAUAGAUACGUGUUGCCCAGGUUUGAAGUUAAGGUCAGUGCACCACAAACAGUAACUAUUUCGGAUGAUGAAUUCCAAGUGAAUGUAUGUGCUAAGUACACGUAUGGCCAGCCUGUGCAAGGGAAAGCCCAAAUCCGGGUGUGUAGAGAAUUUCUUUCCUCUGGGAAUUGUGAGAACAACAACCAUGAAAUAUGUGAACAAUUUAUUGCACAGUUGAGAAACGGUUGUAUCACUCAAAUUGUAAAUACAAAAGUCUUCCAACUCUACCGUUCGGAAUUUUUCAUGUCCUUUCAUACCACUGUAACAGUUACAGAAUUUGGGACAGGUGUGCAGAUCAGUGAAAGAGCUUCUACUUUUAUCACUCAAUUGCUUGGGAGUGUGAGCUUUGAGAACGUGGAUCCUUUCUAUAGAAGAGGAAUUUCUUAUUUUGGAACUCUUAAAUUUUCCGGUCCUGAUAAUGUGCCGAUGGUGAACAAGUUAUUGCAAUUGGAGCUCAAUAACAGAAUUAUAGGAAACUACACCACAGAUGAGAAUGGGGAAGCUCCGUUCUCUAUUGACACUUCAGAUAUAUUCGAUCAAGAGUUCAACCUGAAAGCCACAUAUAUUCGACCUUUGAACUGCUAUCCUUCCAGCUGGCUAACACCUGAGUAUGUGGAUGCUUAUUUCUCAGUUUCGCGCUUUUACUCCCGAACCAAUAGCUUCCUGAAGAUUGUUCCUGAGCCAAAGCAGCUUAGAUGCAAUCAACAGAAGACUGUUACCGUGCAUUACUCCCUAAAUGGGGAAGCAUAUAGGGAUGAUUCAAAUAUCAACUUCUUUUAUUUGGUAAGCCUCACCAGUGAGCCAGGAAACUUCGGGCACUGUAUCAGUUAAUCAUCUCCUAUUUACACAGCCUGGAAUGGCAGUUUCUCAUUUCCGAUGAACGUCAGUGCUGAUCUGGCUCCCGUGGCUGUCAUGCUGGUCUACACCCUUCACCCCAGCGGGGAAAUUGUGGCUGACAGUGCCAGAUUCCAGGUUGACAAGUGCUUUAAAAACAAGGUUAGCAUAAAGUUCUCUAAGGAGCGGGGGUUACCCGGCUCCAGCACCAGUCUCUACCUGCAAGCAGCCCCUGACUCAUUCUGUGCACUCCGGGCUGUGGAUAAAAGUGUUCUUCUGCUGAAAUCAGAACACAAGCUGUCAGCUGAAAGUGUGUACAACCUGCUUCCAAAUAUAGAACUCUAUGGUUAUUUCCAUCAUGGGCUCAACCUUGAUGAUGGCAAGCUUGACCCUUGCAUUCCUCAAAGGGAUAUGUUUUACAAUGGUUUAUUUUACAUACCUGUAAGCCCCUAUGGGGAUGGAGACAUCUAUGAUAUUCUCAGGGCUAUGGGUCUGAAAGUCUUUACCAAUCUUCAUUACCGGAAACCAGAAGUAUGUUCAAUGGAGCUAAGGCUGCCAGUCCCUAGGCCAUUGUAUCCAGCCUCAGAAGAAUAUGCACUGGCAUACAGUUAUGCCCCAUCUGGAACUGCACCUCGUGAAGGCAUGAAGGAGAAUUUUGACUAUGUAGAACAGGCUAUAAGAGAAACGGUAAGAACAAACUUUCCAGAGACGUGGAUAUGGGACCUCGUCAGUGUCAAUUCCUCAGGCUCAGCAAACCUGUCCUUCCGCAUCCCUGAUACUAUAACCCAGUGGCAGGCAGAUGGCUUCUGUGUGAAUGGUCAUGCUGGAUUUGGCAUUUCAUCAACAGCUACUCUGGAAAUCUCCCAACCUUUCUUUGUUGAAAUGACCUUGCCCUUUUCAGUUGUUCGAAAUGAACAAUCUGAUUUGAUUGUCAAUGUCUUCAGCUACCUGAACACAUGUGUAGAGAUUUCUGUUCAGCUAGAAGCAUCUCAGGAUUUUGAGGCAAAUAUCAGCACCCCUAAAAACAAUGGCAGUGAGGUUAUCCAAGCUGGAGAAAAGAAAACUUAUGUCUGGACUCUAUUACCUAAGAUGUUGGGUAAAGUGAAUAUCACUGUAGUUGCUGAGUCCAGACAAAGUAGUGCCUGCCCAAAAGAAGGACCUGAGCAGCAGAAUCUAAACUGGAAAGAUACUGUGGUCAAAAGUCUGUUGGUAGAGCCUGAAGGUAUUGAAAAAGAAAUGACUCAAAGUUUCUUUAUCUGUACAAAAGGGACCAAAGCCUCCAAGCAGGUAGUUUUGGACCUGCCAAACAGUGUAGUAGAAGGAUCUGCCAGGGCCUUUUUCACUGUCGUGGGGGAUAUUUUAGGACUUGCAAUGCAAAAUCUGGAGAAUCUUCUCCAAAUGCCCUAUGGAUGUGGAGAGCAGACUAUUGCCCUACUAGCAUCUGACACCUAUGUCCUUGACUAUCUGAAAUCUACUAAACAGUUGACAGAGGAAGUUAAAUCUAAGGCUUUCUUUUUCUUGUCUAACGGUUAUCAAAAGCAGUUGUCUUUCAAAAACCAUGAUGGUUCAUAUAGUGUGUUUCGGCAGAGGAAUCAGAAAGGAAGCAUGUGGCUCAGUGCUCUUACUUUUAAGACACUAGAGAGAAUGAAGGAAUAUGUUUACAUUGACGAACAAGUUCAAAAAGAGACCUUAAUCUGGCUUUCAAGCAAACAGAAAAUAAAUGGCUGCUUUAAAAGUGAUGGCAAGCUUUUCAACAAUGCCUGGGAGGGUGGAGAAGAAGAGGACAUUUUACUCACUGCAUAUGUUGUUGGAGCCUUCCUUGAAGCUGGACUCAAUUUCACUUUUCCUGCUCUACGAAAUGGGCUCUUUUGCCUAGAGGAGGCACUGGAAGAUGGUGUCACUAAUGGCUACAUCCAUGCAAUUCUAGCUUAUGCUUUUGCAUUAGCUGAAAGAGAGAAGCAAGUGGAAUCCUUACUCCAGAUCCUGGAUCAGUCUGCUACCAAAACAAAUAAUGUAAUACAUUGGGAAAGAGCAAAGAAACCCAAGACAGAAGCAUCUCCAUCCUUUAUUCCUCACGCACCUUCUGCUGAGACCGAGAAGACUUGUUACGUGCUGUUGGCUGUGCUUUCCAAGAAAACUCCUGACCUCACCUAUGCGACUAAGAUUGUGCAGUGGCUUGCCCAACAGAUGAACUCCCACGGGGGCUUCUCUUCCACUCAGGAUACUGCCGUCUGUCUUCUUGCCAUAACCCACUACAUGAAGUUCACCUUCUCGGAUGAUCAAAACACUGUCACCUUUAGCAGUGAAGAAUCCAAUGAGAUUUUCCAGGUUAACAAUGACAAUCGCUUACUGGUCCAGCGGUCCGAACUAACAAAAGCACGUGGACAAUACACAGUAGAUGUGGAAGGACAAGGUUGUGCAUUUAUCCAGGGUACCCUGAGGUAUAAUAUACUACUAUCUGAAAAAGCAUCUGGAUUUUCCCUUUCCUUAGAAAUAAUCAAGAAAAACUCUUCAGAUACAUUCCAGAGUAAAUUUGAUCUGACGGUAGCCCUCAAGUAUACUGGAAUUCGCAAUAACUCCAAUAUGGUCCUCGUUGAUGUAAAAAUGCUGUCAGGAUUUACUCCAGUCAUGGCAUCCAUUGAGGAGCUUGAAAACAAUGGCCAAGUGAUGAAGACUGAAGUCAAGAAUGACCACGUUCUUUUCUACUUGGAAACUGUUUUUGGUACAGCAAGCCAUUUUACUUUCUCUGUUGAGCAAACCAACUUUGUAUCCAACAUUCAGCCAGCCCCAGUUAUGAUCUAUGAUUAUUAUGAAAAAGAUGAAUAUGCCCUUGCUUCUUACAACAUCCACAGUGUUUCAGUUUCCCAGUGAGACAAAUAAAUCUAGGAAAAGGUGGAAAACUAUUUACUUUGAACAAACUCAUUCUUCGGUAUCAAACCUGGAAGAAAACUGUGAACCACCUCCUGUACUGAAUAUACUGUAAUCUGCCAUGACUUCUUAUCAGAUUUUAUUUCUUUAUUAUCCCAUAAAGUGCUCUCAUUUCUC